UAGGGCUGGGAGGGAGGCGUCGGUGGGAUGGGUCAUCGCUGUCCGCUUCGUUGAGAGUCACUCGCGUAGGCUGCCCGCGGCGGGCCAGCAGUGGCCACGGCGGCAUGAAGGGCGCUCUGGGGAGCCCCGUGGCCGCCGCUGACGCCACGAUGCAGGAAAGUUUCGGCUGCGUCGUGGCCAACCGCUUCCACCAGCUGCUGGACGACGAGUCGGACCCGUUCGACAUCCUGCGCGAGGCCGAGUGCCGGCGCCAGCAGCAGCUGCAGCGCAAGAGACGCGACGAGGCGGCGGUGGCCGCCGGGGUCAGCACCCGAGGCGGCAGGAGCCCUGCCGGGGCCUCGGGCCACAAAACCGGCUCGGGCAGUGGCCGGAGGGAGUCCCAGAAGGAGCGCAAGAGCAUCCCGGCCCCUGGCGCGCAGCAGCCCGACAGCCCCGGCGGCGGCCCCCAGCCGCCCGGCCAGAAGCGAACUCUGAGGAGAGGGGAGCAGCAAGGGUGGAAUGAUCACCGGGGGACAGAGGUGGCACUGGAUCGAGCAGAGCGGAGAUCCUACAGGGAAUACCGACCCUAUGAAACGGAGAAGCAGACAGAGUUUACAGCAGAGAAGUUUACAGAUGAAAAACCAGUUGAUAGGUUUGAUCGAGACCGACCCCUAAGAGGACGAGGAAGUGCAAGAGGGGGAAUGCGAAGCAGAGGGAAAGGUGGUCCCAUGAACAGAGCUUUUGAUAGUUUUGACCAGAGAGGGAAACGUGAAUUUGAAAGAUAUGUUGGGAGUGAUAAAAUAGCUAUGAGAACUGAAGACAACAUGGGUGGCUCUGGAGUUCGAAGCUGGCCAUCAAGUAAAGAUACCAGUGAUGUGGAGCAGAUGGUACCCAUGGAGGAGACCACAGCACUGGAAGAGCCCCUGGGCAGUCAGGAAGGGGAAUCUCUGGCCAAAGUUCCUGAGUUGGAGGUAGAAAAAGAAACUCAAGUUCAUGAGAUGACCUUAGAUGAGUGGAAAAAUCUUCAAGAACAGAACAGACCAAAGCCUGAAUUUAACAUUCGGAAACCUGAAUCCAGUGUUCCUUCCAGAGCAGUGGUGAUUCACAAGUCAAAAUAUAGAGAUGAUAUGGUAAAGGAUGACUAUGAGGAUGAUUCCCAUGUUUUCCGGAAAGCAGCCAAUGACAUCACAUCCCAGCUGGAGAUUAAUUUUGGUAACCUCCCUCGUCCUGGGCGUGGAGCCAGAGGUGGCACAAGGGGAGGCCGGGGAAGGAUCAGAAGGGCAGAAAACUACGAACUCAGAACAGAAGUGGCGACACAAGAUGUUGCUCCAAACCCGGAUGACCCUGAAGACUUUCCCGCUCUUGUGUGA